UUCGCGUCACUUUUGUAUACGGCGUUACUGCCAACCACAAGUAUCGGUUUUCUCAACAAGUUUACAGUACGAUAGCUUCCGUGAACAACUCAUUUACUUUUAGUUGCGAAUUGUUCUGAAGACAUUAUGCUGGCAGGCAAACAAAGUCAUGUUGUUGAUAUAAUACUGAUCAACUCAGUAAAAACACUUUACUAACUUCGUGCAACUUCAGUCGAAUUUUUAUUCGACAGUGUUUGUCACAACUAGUCUUGAUUUUGUAUGCUUUUGGCCUUUCACAAUAUACCUAGUGUCACAAAAAUCGAUGACUGUUGGACAGUUUACUAGUAGCCUUUUGGAUUUAUCCCACAAUGAAACAAGAUCCCCAUAUUAUAGAUAUUGCUCCGUUUAACUUAUGUAUAAGUUUUUUCUGACAUCGUAGACUCCUUUUAAAGGAGAGCGUUCGUGUUUUUUUAUUUUAGGUGCAUACUAAGAUUCUAGAAAAUAUUCGCAGCAAAACUAUUUAGCUCUACAUGCCUACCAUGCCUAAUGGGUAAUACUAUUGCUCCCAGGAUCGAAAACGCUGAGAAGACUGGUGUUUUACAAGUCAGUGGCUUAAAAUUAAAGAAGGUUCCUGAACAAGUAAAACACCUCCGUAAUCUGCGGAGUUUAGAUCUCUCAAAUAAUAAAAUCGAAAACAUCGAUCCAUGGAUUUCCAUAUUAAAAAAUCUUAAGGUUCUAAACGUUGAGAACAACAAAUUAAAAUAUUUUCCUGCAGAAUUAUAUCUUCUAACAAAAUUAGAAUCAAUCAAUGGAAAUAAUAAUAUUUUAACAAAUUUUAUUACACCUGGAUCAAUUGUUAAUCUAAAUGAUUUGUCAUGUUUACGCAAUGUCAAUUUAAGUCAUAAUCAUUUAACGGAAUUUCCUGUGGAAUUAUGUUUAAAAUCAAUACCAAUUAAUGUGAUUGAUUUGUCAAAUAAUCAAAUUAGUAUUAUACCAAAUGCUAUUGGUUCAUUACAAGCCAUUGAAAUUAAUUUGAAUUCAAAUAAAAUAUCAGUUAUAUCUAAAUGUAUUGCACAAUGUGAACGUUUAAAAGUUUUACGCUUAGAUCAUAAUUGUUUACGAUUAGAAAAUUUCCCAAUUGAAUUAUUAACUGAAUCACAAGUUUCAUUAUUAUGUAUCAAUGAGAAUUUAUUCAAUAUGAAAGAUUUUUAUAAUUUACCUGGUUAUUCAAAGUAUAUGGAACGUUUUACAGCAACAAAGAAAAAAGCUGCUUAAAAGAAAAAGAUUUUUUUUAAAGAAAAAACUGCACACAAUUCUUCUUGGUAGAAAUCAAUUGCAACUAGUCCACUGAUCAUGUGCUAUCUGUGACUAAAUAACUAACUAACUAAUUGUCGCUUCGCUAACUUUUCACAUAUGUAUACAUAGAUAUAUAUAUGUGCCUGCAUGUGUUGUGUGUAUGAGAUCAUGAUUUCAUAAACUACAAUUAUUGAGAAUUAACAAACUGUUUACCAAAUACCAAUUCACCCCCCCCUC